AUGUAUGUGAAAUGGUUUGAUACAGUAAUGUUUUACUAUGUGAUUUUAGUGAAUUUAGUGAAUGUCACUUUUUGUCAUUUUCAAAUUUCCCGCCGUUCUGUCCCCCGUACAUCCUGAUGUCGCAGGGGACAGAAUCCAGAAGACAGAUGCCGGCAUCCGCCGGGGGACGUUACAGGGGACACUGCAGGAGGGACAUUGCGGGAGCGCAGGACAAGGUAAGAGAAGAACAGAUCCCGGAGCAGCGCCGCAUGGUAAGCCCGAGUGUAGCUCGGGGUUACCGCUUGUGCUACACUCGGGAAUACCGCCAGGGAGGUUA